AUGUUCGCCCUCUCCGCCUCCACCGUCAAGGUCUCCGCCGUCGCGGGCCUCUCCGCGCGCGCGGCGACGCGCUCUGCGCGCCGCGGCGUCUCUCUUCGCGUCCGCGCGGAGGGCGAGACGACGACGACGACGACGACCGAGGAGGCCGCGCCCGUCGAGGCGUCCACCGAGGAGGUGGCCGCGCCCGCGGCGUUCAAGGCGGCGAUCGACCCCGCGGACGGCUCCAUCGCGGAGGCUGCGCCGCUCGGCGACGACAUGUCCAUGUUCACGGACGCCAUGGUCGCGUUCAAGGAGCCGCGCGCGAUCGAGAUCAUCAACGGCCGCGCCGCGAUGAUCGGCUGGAUGGUCGCGCUCUCGAACGAGAUCACGAACGACCAGUCUCUGUUCCGCCAGGUCAUCAACACGCGCACGUUCACGCUCGCGGACGGCGUCGUGAAGUCCUCCACGUUCCCGGCCACGGGCGCGUUCCUCGUCCCGGUCGUCGUCCUCGCGACGCUCGCGGCGUCGCUCGCGCCGGUUCUCCGCGGGAACGAGGAGUCCGGCCUCGAGAAGGCGCCGAAGGACUUCUUCAUGUUCAAGGCGGAGUCGGAGAUGACGAACGGCCGCGGCGCGAUGAUCGGCCUCGUCGCGCUCCUCUUCGCGGAGAAGUUCACCAACGGCGCCGCGCUCUUCUAAGUGCUCGGAGCUACCGAAGUAGUACUUCUGAGACUACGCGAGAGACGGGAUUUUUUUGAACGACGACGGCGGGGGGGACCCGCGGAUAGGACGCACGCACUUAGGACCUUAGACGAUUUGUUUUAGAGCACGCACGCCGCGCGGCGUUUGUAUUAACAACGAGAGGUUGCACUC